AUGAGUGGGGCGUUCGUUUUUAACGGCAAGAGUCGUUCCUCACAUCUCUCGCUAUCACGUGAUCAUCAGCCAUCAAGAGAGGCAAUUCUCUUGGAAGCACGAAAAAAACGAGAACGAAGAGAAAAAGAUCGACAGGUGCAACAGGCCGCAUUAUGUAUUCAGCGGAAUGUACGUUUGUGGAUAAGCCGUAGAAUAUUGGCUGAUCUCUCCGAGGCUUUGUUUAAACGAAUUAAGGAAAGACCACAAGAAGCAGAAAGUAAAUCUUUGGAACAACUUUCAUGGGAUUACACAUUUCUACAUCGUGGGAUGCGAGGAAAGAAGAAGAAGGGAGCUAUUUCCCAACGAGAACAGGCACAAAUUAUUUUUCAACGUCUUCUUUCCAGUAUUCAUGCAGGUACUAUACAUGAUGAAUUAAUGAAAUCACGUUCUACUCUUAUUUUAUUACUGACGUUAGUAUUGGAUGAGUAUGUUAAACCUUCUUUAGAUUUGGAGAAGAAUGAUAUAGUAGAAUGGCAGAGUUAUCACUUAACAUUGCUUAGUGCACUGUCUGAUGUUGCUGGUUCCGUAACGGAUAGGGGCAAUAUAAUGAUACAGAUACUUUCUUUUUUCGUUCAACAUGGUACAACAGGAACUGAACAAAUUCUACCACUUUUGCAGAAUCUAUUUGGAUUACUUUCUGCAAGUGAAGUAAAAAGUAUAAUAAAAACUGUAAAAGGUCAAGAGAUGUUAUUAAGAGCCAUUCGUUCUUCUGUUCAUGAUAAACCAUAUUCAUUACCAACUGCAUAUGCAUUAGAUGUUUUAUUGGGUUCAUCAAGUGAAGAGAAUAGCAGUAUACUACGUGGAGAGGCUAAUCAGGCAUUAGUUGAGAUUAUUGUAGAGGUGGCAUCAGAGAAGUUGUCCACUGAUCUAUACACUCAACCAAUGGCUCCUCUUGGAAAGUUGGUUCGACUUAUACCUUUUUUUCUGGAUACACAGACAUCCAUUUCAGUAGGAAAGGAAGUGUGGAAGAAAUGGACGAAAUGUCUUUCGCAGUUAACUCUUAUGGCAAGUAGAGAAGGAGAAUUAUUACGAGCCGCAUUACAGGAUUUUCGUCAUUUACAAAAUAAUGAGAUAGCACAUCAUGGAAGGUAUGAACAUAUCACAACAUACUUAUUUAGUACUGAAUAUGGAUUACGUUUGCUGGAAGAGACUUCAGCAUUAGCAUUAUCAUUAUCAUCAACAACAACAACAACAACAACAAGAGCAGAAGGAGGAGAAGGAGGAACAGGAACUGUAGGAUUAUCCACAAGCAAUGAAAAUGAAGAAGAAAAAGGAUCUUCUGAAUAUCAAGAAGAGAAAUAUGUAAAUCUUGAUGUUAUAUGUAGUAUUUUUGCCUGGCCUCUUUAUGCCUUUACAUACUCCUCACCAGAGCAACGAAUUGAAGCGACGACGAUUAUUUCAAAACUGGUUCAUUUACCAGGUCUACUUCAAUCUCUCUGGCGAAUGUAUCAAUGUUGUCAUGGUAGUACCUUUGGGGGAUUAACAGAGAUGAAGAAGGAGGCACUUAUACACGAGGCCAUGACGGGUGUACCCGUACAUCUUCCUCCUCCUGAAGAAGCACCAGCAGAACUUCUUAGAAUGGCAUCUUAUAAAAAUCCAGUGCGAAAUCUUUUUUGGGAUCCAUAUCCAGCUAUAUCUACUUUACUUUUUGGUAUGUUAAGUUAUUUUGUAGAUGCCACAGACUUCUUGGAGGGACUUGAUAGAAAAACAGUGAUGGAUCAUAAUGAUGCCAUUAUACUUGUGUUAGCAUUAAAAGGAAUUGUCCAUCGUUCCCAUUUUCAUGGUGUUCUUUCUCUUGGAAAUAGUGAAGCCGUUGCAGAGGCGGCCCUUUCUCUCUUAUCAAAACUACACGUUAUUAAUGAAGCACAAUCCUUUGUAGCCUAUCCAUCUGUAUGGAUUACAAUAACGAAUCCUGUUAUUCUUCAAACGUUUGAUACUAUCACACGAGAGGUGUGGAUGUCAUUUGUUUUAUCAGAAAGAACACAUGGGGGAUCAUCUCCUACAGCAUCCCAUACAGAUGAUAGGAUUAUAAGAUAUGCUGAUAAUGAUCCAAAUGAUGGAUAUCAGAAUGAUGAGGAUGAUAAAAAUAAUAAUAAUAAUAAUAAUAAUAAUAAUAAUAUUAGUAGUAGUAGUACUGGUAGUAAAACUAUGAAUCAACUGGAAAAAGGAAAUUGUCCUUUUAUCCGUCUUCCUCAAUGGAGUGGAAGUAGUAUGUGGUCUCGUCAAGAACGAUGUAUACGACUUUUGCAAAAUGUUCCUUUUACUGUUCCAUUUGAUGUGCGUGCUUCUGUAUUUACUUCUUUUUUGCUUAGUCAUGAGGGUCGUUACUUCUCUAGUUCCUUUCGACCUUUUCUUGUACGUCGUGGAUAUGUCUUUCCGGAUGCUUUUGAUCAUUUUUGUGAUAAUCCUAACAGUCCUGAAAUGUUUAAUGUUCGAUUUCGGGAUACAAAUAAUAUGUUGGAGGAAGGCUACGGUGAGGGUGUUUACCGUGAGUUUCUUGUGAGUCUCUGCAAUGAAGGCUUUGCAGCGGAGUAUGGUCUCUUUCGACUCACCGAUGAUGGUUAUGUCUAUCCCAAUCCAUUUAGUUAUGAAGUGACUGGGGAUGCAAAACAUUUACGACGAAUUGAAUUUCUUGGAGCCAUGAUGGGCCGAGCAUUACGUGAUGGUGUUCUGCAGGAUGUUCCCUUUGCCUUACACUUUCGUAAUUCCAUAUUAGGUCGUAGUAACUCUAUUAAUAAUCUAAAGAGUUUUGAUAAACAAAUGUACCGUAAUCUUGUUUCUCUUCUUUCUCUAAGUGAAGAGGAAAUUGAGAGUCUUUCCCUAAACUUUACGUACAAUGUGGAUAUCUUGGGUGAAACUCGUGAGGUGGAACUAUUACGUGGUGGGCGGGAUAUUCCCGUAACGAAACGCAAUUGUCUUAAUUACAUUCAUCUCAUGGCAGACUUUAAAUUAAAUCGCGAGUCUGCACGACAGACAAAGGCCUUUCAGAAUGGACUAGAACGUAUUGUCGAUCAGAGUUGGCUGCGAUUGUUUGAUAGUAAAGAAAUCAUGAAACUCUUCGGCGGGGAUGCAGAGAGUGCCAUUAACGUUGCCGAUUGGAAAAGACACACACAGUAUCAUGAUGCCAAAGACGUUGAGAGUAAACCCGUAAAAUUAUUUUGGAAAGUCGUCGAGUCCAUGUCAUCUGAGCAGCGGAAGAAAUUACUGAAGUUCUGCACAUCCAUGAACCGCCCGCCGCUGUUGGGAUUUCAGUUUCUCAAUCCACCCUUUAAAAUUCACGUUGUGUGGGAUGCACCGGAGCAGCGACUCCCAUCCGCCUCCACGUGCUUCUCAACACUGAAGUUACCACCCUAUAAUGAUAUGGAAACCGCAUGGAAAAAGAUUACAGAAGCAAUUGAAGAGACAGAGGACUUUGGACUCACUUGA